CCAUGGAGCAGGAGGAGCACGCCGGCCCGCAGGCUGGCGUCUGCCUGGGCACCGCCCUGCAGUCCUGGUGGCUAAUGGUGAUGGAGCAGCGACGGGCGCUGUCUGCCCUCUCCCAGCUGACGGGGAUGGCGAUCGGAGCCCUCCUGGCCCUGGCCCUCGUGGGCAUCGCCGUCCUUUUUGUGCGCAGGAGGCUUAACCGGCAACGACAGGUGCAGCCCACCCCCCAGUACAGGUUCCGGAAGAGAGACAAAGUGAUGUUCUACGGCCGGAAGAUCAUGAGGAAGGUGACCACGCUCCCCCACACGCUUGUGGGCAGCACGGCCGCCCCCCGGCAGCGGGUGAGGAAGAGGACCAAGGUGCUGUCCUUGGCCAAGAGGAUCCUGCGUUUCAAGAAGGAGUACCCAACGCUGCAGCCCAAGGAGCCGCCGCCCUCCCUGCUGGAGGCCGACCUCACGGAGUUCGACGUGAAGAACUCGCACCUGCCCCUGGAGGUCCUGUACAUGCUGAAGAACGUCCGGGUCCUGGGCCACUUUGAGAAGCCGCUGUUCCUGGAACUCUGCAAGCACAUGGUCUUCAUGCAGCUGCUGGAAGGGGAGCAUGUGUUCCGGCCGGGGGAGCCGGACACCAGCAUCUACGUGGUGCAGGACGGGCGGCUGGAGGUCUGCAUCCAGGACGCGGACGGCUCCGAGGUGGCGGUCAAAGAGGUUCUGGCCGGGGACAGUGUCCACAGUCUGCUCAGCAUCCUGGACGUCAUCACUGUGAGUGCCCCGCCCGCUCCCCGAGCCCAGCAGCCAGGGCCUCCGCCCAGGACAGUGGGCCACAGACGGCGGGGCCCCGGGGGCCGUGCGUCUCCGCAGAGCUGGUUGCUCACGGCCGUGGGGUGUCUCUUAAACGACUGUGUUGGGACUGGGUCACCCCCACACGUGGUCCAAGACCCAAAAGGCCCGCAGCGUCACGGGUGGAAAUGUCCCCUGCUCCCCAGGGGGACUCACUCUCGCACCUACGGUCACUGUCACGGGGCGGCCUUGUAUGGGCAUCGAUUCGUGUGCUUGAGUCCAGUCUGUAGGACGGUCCUCCUGGGUCCCAGGGGCGCCCCGCUCAACGGAGGCUGUUCCCCGGCCGCUGCCCCACUCCCAGGGUGCACGCCGACCGGGCCGGACGCUCAGGGCAGCCCCUUCUUGCUCACGUCCCAGGAGAGCCAGGCCAUCCCCCUGGUGUCUGUAGCCAGCGUGGCUGCUGGAAAGGCCAAGAGGCAGUCGAGCUGUGGCCCCGAGGAGCGGCCGGAGCGGCCCCUGCGGCCCCAGGAGUCCUGCGACCCAGGACUCCGGUUCUGUUCCCAGGACCCUUCGCUGCUGGACGGCCGUGUGACGUUCCUGCACGUCCCGGCGGGCACGGUGGUGUCCAAGCAGGGCGACCAGGACGUGAACGUGGUCUUCGUGGUCUCGGGGCUGCUGCACGUGUACCAGCGGAAGAUCGACAGCGAGGAGGACAGCUGCCUGUUCGUGACGCGGCCCGGGGAGAUGGUGGGCCAGCUGGCCGUGCUCACGGGCGAGCCCCUCAUCUUCACCAUCAGGGCCAACAGGGACUGCAGCUUCCUGUCCAUCUCCAAGGCGAACUUCUACGAAAUCAUGCGGAAGCAGCCGACCGUGGUCCUGGGCGUCGCGCACACGGUCGUGAAGCGCAUGUCAUCCUUCGUGCGGCAGAUCGACUUCGCCCUGGACUGGAUGGAGGUGGAGGCGGGCGCCCGUCCCUGCAGGCAGGGGGACAAGUCGGACUGCACCUACAUCGUGCUCAGCGGCCGGCUGCGCUCCGUGAUCCGCAAGGACGACCUCAAGAAGCGCCUGGCCGGGGAGUACGGCCGCGGAGACCUCAUCGGUGUGGUGGAGACGCUCACCCGCCAGCCCCGAGCGACCACGGUGCACGCCGUCCGGGACUCGGAGCUCGCCAAGCUGCCGGCAGGAGCCCUGACGUCCAUCAAGCGCAGGUACCCGCAGGUCGUGACCCGGCUGAUCCACCUGCUGGGGGAGAAGAUCCUGGGCAGCCUGCAGCAGGGGCCUGCGACCAGUCACCAGUUCGGGCUGCACUCCACCGGCAGCAAGUGGGACUCGGGGAACCCGGCCAGCAACCUGUCCACGGUGGCUGUCAUGCCCGUGUCGGAGGACGUGCCCCUCACCGCCUUCGCCCUGGAGCUCAAGCACGCCCUCAGCGCCAUCGGCCCCGUCCUGCUGCUGACCAGUGACAACGUCAAACAGCGCCUGGGCUCUGCCGCCCUGGACAGCAUCCACGAGUACCGGCUGUCCAGCUGGCUGGGGCAGCAGGAGGACAUCCACCGGAUCGUGCUCUACCAGGCGGACAGCUCGCUCACGCCCUGGACCCAGCGCUGCAUCCGGCAGGCCGACUGCAUCCUCAUCGUGGGCCUGGGCGAGCAGGAGCCCAGCCUGGGCCAGACCGACAGGCAGAGCGGAGGCGAGGAGCCCCCCUGUCCGCCUCCGCAGGUGGAGAUGUACGAGCGGCUCUUCCAGAGGCCCCCGGACCGGCACUCGGACUUCUCCCGCCUGGCGCGGGUGCUGACGGGCAACGCCAUCGCCCUGGUGCUGGGAGGAGGCGGGGCCAGAGGCUGCGCCCAGGUUGGCAUCAUCCGAGCGCUGGCGGAGUGCGGCAUCCCCGUGGACAUGGUCGGGGGGACGUCCAUCGGGGCCUUCAUGGGCGCCCUGUACGCCGAGGAGAGGAGCUACAGCCAGAUUCGCAUCCGGGCCAAGCAGUGGACUGAGGACAUGACGUCGAUGAUGAAGACGAUGCUGGACCUGACCUACCCCAUCACCUCCAUGUUCUCGGGGGCUGGCUUCAACAGCAGCAUCUGCAGCGUCUUCAAGGACCGGCAGAUCGAGGACCUGUGGAUCCCCUACUUCACCAUCACCACGGACAUCUCAGCCUCUGCCAUGCGGGUCCACACAGACGGCUCCCUGUGGAGGUACGUGCGUGCCAGCAUGUCCCUGUCCGGCUACAUGCCCCCCCUCUGCGACCCCAAGGACGGACACCUGCUGAUGGACGGCGGCUACAUCAACAACCUCCCAGCGGACGUGGCCAGGUCGAUGGGGGCGAAGGUGGUGAUCGCCAUCGAUGUGGGCAGCCGGGACGAGACGGACCUCACCAACUACGGUGACGCGCUGUCGGGGUGGUGGCUGCUGUGGAAGCGCUGGAACCCCUUGGCCACCAAAGUCAAGGUGCUGAACAUGGCAGAGAUCCAGACGCGCCUGGCCUACGUGUGCUGCGUGCGGCAGCUGGAGGAGGUGCGGAACAGCGACUACUGCGAGUACCUGCGCCCGCCCAUCGACAGCUACGGCACCCUGGACUUUGGCAAGUUCGCCGAGAUCUGCGAGGUGGGCUACCAGCACGGCCGGACGGUGUUUGACAUCUGGAGGCGCAGUGGGGUGCUGGAGAAGAUGCUGCAGGACCGGCAGGGCACGAGCAAGAUGAAGGCCUUCGACGUCCUCACCUGCCCCAACGCCUCCUUCACGGACCUCGCUGAGAUCGUGUCACGCAUCGAGCCCGCCAAGGUGGCUGUCGUGGAUGACGAGUCUGACUACCUCACGGAGUGCGAGGAGGGCUUGCCCGAUGGCCCCCAGGAGGCCUACGCGGACUUCCAGAGCUCCCCGGCCGACGGGGGCUCCGACUCGGAGGAGGAGCCCUCGCUGCAUCACCUGCACCCCAGUGUGGCUCCCCCCAAACCGUCCGCGGAUGCCGCGCCCCCCUGGUUCUCUGGCCAGGACGGGCAGAGGCCUCCCUCCGACGCUCCCUGAAGCCAGCGCCUCCGUGGCCUGUCCUGGAGCCCGUGGCUCCCGGGGCAGGAGGACCUGGCUGGGCCCGGGCUGUGCUGGGUGUCAGGCCUCUACACUGGUCGCUCCUGGGGCACUUGGUCCUGGUGCCUCCUGCACACACCGCAGCCCUCUGGGUGCAGCCCCCCCCCGCCCCCCAGAGGUGUUGGAGCCUCUGAGCCCUGAUGCUUCUGCUUAGCGUGUGAAUAAAGGAGAUCUGAUCGUG